GAGAAACUUCUCAGUCGAGGCGGCAGUUGAGGUGGGACGGCGGGCAGGUAAGAGGCAGUGCAGUGACAACUACAAGGAGAAGGUGGACAUUCCAAGUCGGUGUCCUUCCCCUCUCGGGUCCUCCACUAUGGCGAAGCUCCACGGACUGCAAGCCGACUAUAUUUUCCGUGGCGUUGACCACAUUGUCCGGAUGACGGUGGAAGGGAACCUCUUAGAGGUGGAAGUGGAGGACCGUCUCACUACGGACCAGUGGCGAGGAGAGUUUGAUGCUGCUUUCAUUGAAGACCUGACGCACAAGACAGGGAAUUUCAAGCAGUUUGGGAUCUUCUGCAACAUGCUGGAGUCUGCCCUGGCUCAGAGCAGCGAGUCAGUCACGCUGGACCUUCUUACCUACUCAGACCUGGAGUCGCUGAGAAAUCGGAAAAUUGGCGUGGGACCCCGACACUUGCCUGCCGCCAAGAGCUCUCCGCUCAGCUCCAAGCGUUACCUCAUAUUGAUCUACUCAGUGGAAUUUGACCGAAUCCACUACCCCCUCCCUUUGCCUUACGUGGGGAAGCCGGAUCCGGUGGUCUUGCAGAAGGUGAUCCGGGAGCUCAAGGAAGAGCUGGCCCUCCUGAAAGGAAAGCCGGGCAAGGACCUCCGGGAUGCCGAGAUCCGGCGGCUCCGGGAAGAGCUGCAGAAUGCCCUGGAGGAGAAGCAGGCCGCGGAGACAGCCCUUUUGGGCCUAAGGGAAGAGCUGGCGCUUGUCAACAAAAACGGCGUCCUCAAAGAAGUGAAGAUCCUCAAGAAGGUGGUGCAGAGCCUGGAGGAGGAGCUGACCAAAGAGAGGGCCAAGCACCAGCGGGCUGCCAACAAGCGCCUGCAGGAGAGCCAGCACCUCGCGGAAGAGCUGGCGGAGAUGAAAGCGACAGAGAGGAGCCUCCGGAUUCGCGUGAAGAACCUGACCAAUGAGUUGGCUUUAUACCGGAAAGGGCGCUUCACGCCGAGUGGACCUUCACCCCAAAACCACUCAUCAGCAUCCUCCCGCCAUUUUACCCAGCCAGCCAUCCUGACCCGAGACAGUGCCAAGAAAAGGGAUGACCGCCGCUGCAGCUCAAGGGAACAAUCGGCCUCACGGGAGCGUAGCGGGGCCUGGGGUCCCGGCCAGCAACGGUCCACAUCCAGGGAAGGGCGCAGCAGCGGGAGCCAAGGCCGGGCCCCGCGACAGUCUCCUUCUCCCACAGGCCCCCGGGCUCCUCGGUUUGAUCCCACUGCCUUCGUGAAAGCUAAGGAACGCAAGCAGAAGGAGGCCGAACUGAAAAACAAGCGAAACUUGAGGCGAGGGAUAGGAGACACCCCGCCAAGCGGAUGGCACCAUCGAACUGGGUUGACUUUCAACAACAGCGGCCUCGGAAAAACCCGGGGCAGGAGCUCCUCCGUGGAAAGCUUCCGCAGCAGGCGAUCCUCUGCAAGCUCCGGGAGUGAGAUGGACGAAUAUUCAGAACCUGUUGCAACAAGGCGAGAGAGGGGCCGGAAGCGAGUGGCAAGGGGCAGGAAGCCCUUGAGCACCUCAUCAUGGAAUGGCCCCACAGUGGUCUCCCGGACAGACGGUGGUCACCGGAAACACUUGGAAAGCACUCCCACCCCAGGCAAGCGAGCAGACAAAGAGAAUCUGUAUGACGACGAGCCAUCCGCAGACCUCUCUGAGAUUGAUGCUCGCCUGCAAGCGCUGCAGGAGUAUAUGAACAAACUCGAGACGAGAACGUAGUCCCUUCAGCGGACAAAGCCAGGGAGCAGGGGAUAUGGCUUGGCAAUGAAUAAUAUAAUAAUUAUCUCCCAUGAAGGAUGUUGACAUCACUGUUUGCAAGCUCAAACAUGGCAAAAUACAGAAGAUGCAGCUUGCAAAAUACCUGCCGUUUGGGAACUUCCUUCUGUUGUUUAUUCCGGGAGAUGAACCCAAAAGGAGUUGGGAGGGGGGUCAUAGCCAGACAAAAACUAUGAUUUUUUUAGGCUUGAAGUCAGGGUAUGGUAUGUAGCUUUUGACUCUGUAAAUCCUAGAAUUCUCUGGUCUGAAUUGAGAGGAUUCUGGGAAUUAUAGUCCACUAUUAAGCUCUGCAGAGGAAGCAACUUUUGUCGGUCCCUCGCCUAACAAUUCGAUGCAGUCUCUUCCAAAACAUUCCUCUCGGCUUCUCUUUCCGGAAAGGAUUGCCUCGUCUUCCCAUCUUUCUGUGUGACCCCACUUUUUGCUAUAUAAUCCUGUGUUGCGGUGAAUCUUUUUCUACAAAUAAACCUUAUUUUUUUCCCCUUUCAA